UACAAUAUGAAACCCUAAAAUCAAUUUUGCCACCACUUUCUCCAUUUCUUAUACAGUCCGAAGUCCUAAUAUUUGUUCCCAUCCUUCUCCGUCUUUUUCCCCAUUUCUGGAAUAAACUGAGUGGAAUUUGUGAUUACUGUCUCAAACCUCAGGAAAACUCCCAAACCCGUGUUGCAUUGGCGAGGGCCUUAACAGGUCUCAAAUUCAGUCGUUCGAAAUAAAGUUCGUGCGUGAAACAAUCUUCAACUGGAAAUUUGAGAAGCUCAAACCCGCUGCUGAGGAGGUCGAGCACGUGGUGGCGCUGAUGCUUCUCCCAUGAAGGUCAAAGACAGUGUUGUGAUUGUCCUAAAGGCUUAGCCCCAAGUUUCAAUCCGGAGAUUAUUUUGCAAGUGGUUCUUACUUCAAUUAAGGAUUGCAGUUUAAAUGGGAAAGCAAGUCACCCGCAACAUUAAUGUCUCAAUCCGGGGAUUAUUUUGCAAGUGGAAAACUCCCAAACCCGUGUUGCAUUGGCGAGAGCCUUAAAUUCAGUCGUUCGAAAUAAAGUUCGUGCGUGAAACACAAAUCUUCAACUGGAAAUUUGAGAAGCUCAAAAGGAUUGCAGCGUCCAUGGCAUAUUUUAAAAGCCGUUAGAUUAAGCAAGAGCUUGGUAAUCAUUGUUCUUGCUCUUCUUCCCUCAGAUUUCGUCAUUUUUUUUUAUCUUGAAUCAAUUGUAUUUUGACUUACACCCGUUGGCAAUGAAGCUCCCUGUGCGGUACUUGAUUGUUAUUUUGACCUUCAUCUGCACCUCAGUUUGCUACAUCGAACGAGUAGGGUUUUCCAUCGCUUACACCGUUGCUGCUGACGGUGCUGGGGUGAAUCAAUCGAGCAAAGGUACUAUACUGUCCACCUUCUAUUACGGAUACGCCUGUUCUCAAGUUCCCGGAGGAUGGGCUGCUCAGAGAAUCGGGGGGAGGAGGGUCCUGCUUCUUUCGUUUCUUUUGUGGUCAUUGACUUGUGCACUUCUUCCUCUCGAUCCCAAUCGUGUUAUUCUUUUAGUUGUUGCUCGUUUGCUCGUUGGUGUAGCACAGGGUUUUAUUUUCCCUUCCAUUCACACAGUUCUAGCACAGUGGGUUCCCCCUCACGAGAGAUCUAGAUCCGUCUCUCUCACCACUUCAGGGAUGUAUCUGGGUGCAGCUCUAGGAAUGCUUCUUCUUCCUACUCUGGUCAAGUUCAGAGGCCCUCAAUCUGUGUUCCUUGCGGAGGCGGCAUUGGGUGCUUCAUGGUCUUUACUUUGGUUCAAAUAUGCCAUUGAUCCCAAAUCCACUGCUUCUGGUGUUGGGGAAUUAGUCUUACCCAUCAAUAAAAAAAUGGACUCUCACAACAAAAAGGUACUUUCAGCCAAAAUCCCCUGGGUCAAAAUUUUAACCAGCUUCCCUGUUUGGGCUAUUGUUGUCAAUAACUUCACCUUUCACUAUGCUUUAUAUGUGCUCAUGAACUGGCUCCCAACCUACUUUGAAUUAGGCCUUAAGCUUAGCCUGCAAGACAUGGGUUCCUCUAAAAUGUUGCCCUAUCUCAACAUGUUCCUGUUCUCCAACAUUGGUGGUGUUGUUGCCGACUACUUGAUCACCAGGAGAAUAUUAUCUGUCACCAAAACCAGGAAAUUCUUGAACACCGUAGGGUUCUUGGUUGCUUCUCUUGCCUUGGUGGUGAUUCCCAGUUUCAGAACUUCUGGUGGUGCUGUCUUCUGUUCUUCUGUGGCUCUUGGUUUCUUGGCACUUGGCAGAGCUGGAUUUGCAGUGAACCACAUGGAUGUUGCUCCGAGAUACGCUGGAAUAGUGAUGGGUGUUUCUAAUACUGCGGGUACUUUGGCUGGCAUUGUGGGCGUUGACCUAACUGGGAAGCUUCUUGAAGCUGCUAAGGCUGCUAAUUCUGAUCUUUCAAGUCCAGAAAGCUGGAGAACAGUGUUUUUCAUUCCUGGAUUUUUAUGCAUUUUUAGUUCUUUUGUAUUUCUACUAUUUUCAACAGGGGAGAGAAUUUUUGAUUGAAGUAGCCUUGUCAAUUUCAUGGCUUAAGAGGUGUUGUUAUUCUGGGGAUUUAAUUUUUAUUACAUCUCCAUGUUAUAUCAUUCUUGGAUAGAA